AUGGUUACCUUCUCCAAGAUCGCUGUUGCGGCCCUCGCCGGCUUUGCUACCGCUCACCCUGGUGAGAAGCACGAUGAGCACAAGAUGAAGCGCGAGAUCGUCGCCCGUGACAACGCUGCCCGUCUCGGCGCCCGCUCCCUCGCCCAAUGCGGCAACUCUGCCUACGCCCAGACUCUCAAGGCCCGAUCUAUACAGCGCCGUGCCGAGAAGGUCAAGGCUCUCCGCCAGAAGCGCGGUAUCGAAGGUGAUGCUCGCAGCAACAAGCGUGAUCUUGCCGCUCUCCAGGCCUGGGAGGCCGUCAACCACAACCAUACCGGUGCUUACAACUACGACAUGUUCACCCCCCUUGAGGAGGUCUUCGAUGCCAACACCAGCUGUAUCCUGGCCCCCGAGGUUACCGAUGGCCCCUACUACGUUGUCGGCGAGUACAUGCGCUCCAACGUCAAGGAGUCCGAGUGGAGCGAGGGUGUCGAUGUGUUCCUCGAGAUUCAGUACAUUGACGUGAACACCUGCGAGCCCAUCCCUGCCGUUGCCGUCGACAUCUGGAACUGCAAUGCCACCGGUAUCUACAGUGGUAUCUACACCAGCGGUAACUACGCCGAUGGUGGCCUCAACUCCACUUACCUCCGUGGUAUCCAGCUGACCGACCACGACGGUGUUGCCUCGUUCGAGACCAUCUUCCCCGGUCACUACGACGGCCGUGCUGUCCACACCCAUCUGUUGGCCCACACCAAUGCCUCGGUUCAGUCCAACGGUACCAUCUCCGUCUGGGAGGCUCCCGUCGCCCACAUCGGCCAACUUUUCUGGGAUGACGAUCUUCGUGCUGAGGUCGAGGCCACCUACCCCUACACCGAGAACACCCAGGCCCUGACUACCAACGACGAAGACAUGUGGUCCAUUGUCCAGGCUGAUGAGUACUACAACCCUCUCCCCGAGUACUUGUACUUGGGCCCUUCCAUCGAGGACGGUCUCUUCGCUUGGAUCCAGAUUGGUAUCAACGGCUCUGCCGACUACACUGAUGACGAGUACUACGGCGUUGCUGCUUACAUUGACGAGGAGGGUGGUCACUCCACUGGCUACACUGUCGGUGGUGGUGACGGUGGUGAUGGUGGUGCUGGUGGUAACGGCACUGCUCCUUCGGGCUCCUUCUCUGGCGCUGUGCCCACUGGCACCGCUUCCCCUUCCUCUUAG